UUUCAAGAACAACAAUUUCUUCUCCUUCAGUAAUACCAAUAUCGAAUUUUAGUUUAUAUUAUCAACAAAAUUCACCAGUAGGGAUUGUUCCAUCAAUUAAUAAAUUACAAGCAGUUGACGAAGCUAUUACUAGCAAAGAUUAUUAUUAUGGAUCUAAUAAUAGAAAAAUCCCAUUUUUGUUCAGAUUAUCUACCAUAUUUUUUAUUUUCACAGGUUUAACAAAAUUUUAUAGUAAACGAGGAGAAAGUAAAAGUACUGUUAGCAGUAGUUCUGAUGGUGAAAAUGUUGAAAAAUCAACUAGUUCACCUUCUUCAGGUCUAUCAAGAUCU